AGCAAGCGAAUGAAAUCCUCGGACCUAUAAUAGGUGAAGGUCUUGUUGAGGGAUCUAAUCUUUAUGCGGGAUCUCGCAUAAAUGUAGUUACGAAUCGAAUAACCGUUUACACUACAGAAUUGAAUUUGAGAGAUGAAUUACUUGCACUUCCUCAAGUAGAGCCUAUUGCACAUUUAAUAGACGUUGUAGAAGUUCGAUUAUCCAUGAAUGAACUAAUACACAAGUAUAGGAAUAUACUUGCUCUUGCCAGAGAGCAUAAUCCAGUGUAUGUUGGUGUUUACAUUGAUAGAGAACGGAAUAAUGUCGUUAUAACUUUAUAUGAUGAUCACAAUAUACAUAAUGCUGAAUUUAUAGUGGAUGUCAGAGAAUUUAACCCAAUUUAUGAUCGUCAGAAUUUACAUAAUCACCAACAAAAUUUGCAUAAUGAACAUGUUGGGGGGUCAGUAUUUUCUUAUCAUAUGAAUAUAAAUGACGGUGAUUUACGGACUUCUAGAGCGGAUUUAAAAGGUAUAAUCACUGGAGGUGUAGGGAAUUUUGCCUUUAUUACUAAAUUAGAAAAAAUUCGUGCAGAGGCUCAUGUAGAUAUUGUUACUUCUGUAGAUAUACGUUAA